GCAAACGCCUCUAUUGUGGCUUUUCCUUAAUGUGAAUGUCUCUAUCCGCCACCAGGUUCAUAAAUACUACUUAAGUUUCGGCAAGCAUCUCAAACAGAAAUCCGACUCAACAUGGCUUACACCGUUGCAGGUGGAACCAAGAAGAAAGUCUGCUACUACUAUGACGGUGACAUUGGCAAUUACUAUUAUGGACAAGGGCAUCCCAUGAAACCACACCGAAUUCGAAUGACCCACAACCUACUGUUGAACUAUGGACUGUACAGAAAAAUGGAAAUAUAUAGACCACACAAAGCCACUGCAGAGGAAAUUACCAAAUACCACAGUGACGAUUACAUCCAGUUCCUCCAAUCCAUACGACCAGACAACAUGUCAGAGUACAGCAAGCAAAUGCAGCGGUUUAAUGUUGGUGAGGAUUGUCCUGUAUUUGAUGGGUUGUUUGAGUUCUGCCAGUUGUCUACCGGUGGCUCUGCUGCGGGAUCGGUGAAACUCAACAGGCAGCAGACGGACAUUGCGGUGAACUGGGCCGGGGGACUCCACCACGCUAAGAAGUCUGAGGCCUCUGGCUUUUGUUACGUCAAUGACAUUGUGUUGGCCAUUCUAGAGCUCCUCAAGUACCAUCAGAGGGUACUGUACGUAGAUAUUGACAUCCACCAUGGGGAUGGAGUAGAGGAAGCCUUCUACACCACAGACAGGGUCAUGACUGUGUCCUUCCACAAAUACGGAGAGUACUUCCCCGGGACUGGAGACCUCAGGGAUAUUGGUGCAGGAAAAGGCAAAUACUAUGCUGUCAACUUCCCCCUGAGGGACGGCGUUGACGAUGAGUCGUAUGAGCUGAUCUUCAAGCCUGUGAUGGCCAAGGUGAUGGAGAUGUACCAGCCCAGUGCAGUGGUUCUGCAAUGUGGAGCAGACUCCCUCUCAGGAGACCGUCUGGGCUGCUUCAACCUUACCAUCCGCGGCCAUGCUAAGUGUGUUGAGUACAUUAAGUCGUUCAACCUUCCCCUACUAAUGCUGGGUGGAGGAGGCUACACCAUCCGCAACGUGGCCCGCUGCUGGACCUACGAGACGGCCGUGGCUCUGGAUACUGAGAUCCCUGACGAACUGCCGUACAAUGAUUACUUUGAGUACUUUGGGCCUGACUUCAAGUUGCACAUCAGCCCAUCCAACAUGACCAACCAGAACACGUUGGAGUACAUGGAUAAGAUCAAGCAGCGUCUGUUUGAGAACUUGCGGAUGCUACCUCACGCCCCGGGAGUGCAGAUGCAGACGGUCCCUGAAGACGCCAUCACUGACGAUACGGUGGAUGAGGAUGCAGAGGACCCCGACAAACGCAUGUCCAUCCGUGCUUCAGACAAGAGGAUAGCCUGCGACGAGGAGUUCUCUGACUCUGAGGACGAGGGAGAGGGAGGAAGGAGGAACGAAGCCAAUCACAAGAAAGGAACAAAACGGACUCGAGUUGAGGAGGGAGACAAAGAGAAAGUUGAGGUGGAGAAAUCGAAGGAAGCAAGCACUGAGAACUGACAUAGGCAGCUAAGCGUAAUUGUGGCACCCUGCCACUGUUUGUACAGUUUUAAAAGGAGGUCAUGAAUUCCUGUCAGCCCUCAUUUGUGCAGUGCUGCAAGAUCCAAAACAAUUAUGAUAAUCUCAGGAGGGGGAGUACAGACCAUUGUAAUCUCUCAUCCUCCCCUUUAUCACAAUAAAGACUUCAUCAUAAUUACUUGUCACGACCAGCUACUUAUAGUUUGAGGUACGAAAUUGUGCUUAAUUAGAAGUAGUUACUAAUGUAUUCAGACACUGACUUCUGUUAUGUUUUGGGGUGGGGAAACCGGCACACUUUCCAGUGUGAAGACUGAGCAGACUAGCAGUGCCUGAUUCAGCCACAUGGUGGUGCUGUGAUCUCUCCAUGGACAGACCCGACUGUGGCAGCCAGGACAGCUAACUGUGGCUGAUUCUACACCUUAGAGCCUGACUCCAUACCAGAAGCGUUAUAUUUCUCAUUGAUCUGUAGCUGUACGUUCGUUGUGAAGACUUAGUUUCCUUUUGUGGACUGUAGCUGUGGAUUUCUAGGAUUUGUGACCAACCUGGGUUUGCUGUACUUUCCUUUGAUACCUUUUUGAAUGCUUUUAUAUUUCAAUAUGCAUUAUCUUCUAAAUGAGAAGUCUACUUGUAAUUAAAGUAUGUGUUUUUAGACCAGAGUAUGUGGGUGUUCCUGUAGAUAUUUUGCAUUUGCCAAUUAAAAGCUUCUUUUUUAAAAAUCCUA